AUGACUCUCACAUUGACUUUAAACAAUGGAAUAUCCAUACCUAUGAUAGGUAUGCCCAAUUCUCUUAUCAUGUGUCGUAUCUCAGUUUCACCUGGCUGGAGAUGGCUGGCGACUGUGAUACAGGCGGGAUACAGGCAUAUUGAUACCGCGGAAGUUUAUAGGACGGAAAAGGCUGUAGGCGAUGCCGUCAGGGAAUCAGGAAUAUCCCGUACAGAGUUCUUUAUUACUACAAAGCUCUCGAUGUACCACAAAGAUCGAGUCGCGGAAUCAUUUGCUAAGAGUUUAGAUGAUUUUGGGAUGGACUAUGUCGACUUGUACCUCAUGCACGCGCCACAAACGGUUCCGUAUGAAGAGGGAAAUCCAUUCCCACUGAACCCAGACGGAACACUUAAAACAUUGUCCUCGCCAACCUUUCAGGAGGCUUAUACCGAAAUGGAGAAGAUACUCCUGUCAGGCAGGGCGAAAGCAAUUGGUGUAAGCAAUUUUUCUAUCAAGACACUGGACGAGCUUUUGGCCACAGCUACUAUUGUUCCUGCCGUCAAUCAAGUAGAGAUGCAUCCGUUUCUUGCCCAAAAUGAUCUCCUUGAGUAUCACAGAAAGAAGGGUAUUGCAACCGAGGCAUAUUCUCCGGGAGGACAUGGAAUUCUCAUACGUGAAGAACCAUCGCUAAAAUCUCUCGCCCUCAAAUACGGCGUGUCAACGACGCAAAUAAUUCUUGCAUGGCACAUCUCCCGAGGCGUCAUCGUUCUACCCAAGAGCGAGAAUCCGCAGAGGCAGAAAGAGAAUUUGAGCCUUCCGAAUCUUGAUAAAGAGGAUAUUGAGAUUAUUGAUCAACUGGAUCGCGGGGAGAGGCUGAUUGCGAAGCUCGAUGGGAAGGGUACAUGGGCUGGAUGGACAAAAGAGCAGUUGGGAUGGUAG